UCCGUCCCCUCCCUCUCCUUUCGUCCUCGUGAACAGGAGGCACGGCGAUCGGACGAGAUGAGCGAGCAGGAGGAUCUGGAUUAUUACAUCAUGUUCCCGUCGUUUCCACCGUCCCCGAAGGACCAGACGUUGACCGCAGGUGGACAGAAUCAACGGGAGGAGUUCGUGUUCGUGUACGAGGAGGACAAGCGGCCGGUUGUGAUCCUGCUAGGAUGGGCCGGCUGUCAAGACCGAUACUUGGCUAAAUACAGCUCGAUCUACGAGGAUAAGAGUUGCAUCACGCUGCGUUACACAGCGCCGGUGGAAUACCUGUUCUGGCGCCGGGACAAGAUGCCUUACAUCGGCAAGCGGUUGCUGCAGGUGAUCACCGACGAGCGGCUGGACGAGCAUCCCAUAUUCUUUCACGUCUUCAGCAACGGCGGAGCGUUCCUGUAUCAGCACAUCAGCCUCGCGAUGCAGAGGGCUAAUACUCCGUUCAAGGUCAGGGGAGUGAUAUUCGACAGCGCACCCGGUGAGAGAAGACUAACAGCACUUUUCAAGGCAAUCAGCGCGAUUAUCGGUGGUACCCCCUCACGAACCUGCCGAUGUCAUUCGUCAUCACGUUCUUCCUCUCCGUACUCUGGUUCUUCGAGGGCGGCGUACCAUAUCAUGUCCAUAGAUCGGAUCAUUUCAGAGCUGUACCGACGCUGUACAGUUUAUAUGUCGAUUUAUGAUCGUCAGGUAAUUGCGCAGGCUUUCAGCAGAACGCCUAUUCCGACGAACCCGAUCGCCCUCGCGGAGGAAGCUUAUUCUUGGCCUCAGCUGUUCCUUUACUCCAAUAGCGAUACUCUGAUCCCAGCGUCAGACGUCGAGAAGUUCGCCAGUCGGAGGGCCGAGAGGGGUGUGAGGGUGCAGCUCGUCCUGUUCACCAAUUCGCCGCAUGUCAAGCACUACACGACCUACCGCGACGUCUACGUGAACACGGUGUGCAGCUUCAUUCACGAAUGCCUGAUCUCGCCGAGUCCGUCGAGGAGCCUGCUGACCCUGGACCGCGGCGACGAUCGCGGCUCUCAGAGCUACGACGCGCCGCCGGAUCUCACGAAGCGCGUCGUGUUGCCCCAUGAGGCCGGCAAACAGCAGAACUAGUAGUCCGGAGAAGACGCUAAUAGAUGUCAAAAUAGUUGCCCGCUAGAGGAUCGCGCUGGUGGCACGCGCGCGGCCUCGCGGGUGCAGGCGUAAAGGGAGAGAGGAUCGAUGAUCAAUUUAUUACGUCUACAUUUUAUAGACUAAAAAGUCUACGAGGAAAGGAGUGAAUUCGAAGGAAAAAUGUCUGGAAUCCACUUGGCGCAAUUACGAUCUCCCAAUCUCCCCGUUCGAAAUUGAUCUUCGAACUGCUAAACAAUUUCUCCUCCUCGUCGUUUCUCUCUUCGUAUUUCCGUUUCUAUUCAUUGCGAUUCCAAGACGGAAAAAUCGUAUAAUUAGGGCGGUCGACUUUUUUUGUUAAAAUGAACAAAGAGAAAUGUUUCCAACGAUAAAAAAUCAGGAAAGAAUUCAAAAAUUUUGUGGAAUAGUGGAAUCCUGAUUUUAAGAGAUCGGGAGAUUGAGAUUUCGCAGAACAGAUUUCUCACGAUUCUUUCAGUUCACUCGUUUCAUAAAGUAAAGAGGCGACGUCCGAGAUGCUGGAAACGGUGCUACGUUAAUGUACAGAGCUGUUUUAUAUGAAGUUAAUUAUUAUUUUUGAGUGAAAGUUAUUCAAAUGAAAAUGUGAAUUUUUUUAUGAGCCGAGCGAGAGAGUAGAUACGCGGUGGCGCAAGAGCUUUCAAAUAUAUAUAUUAAAUGUACUUUGAUGUAUUUCGAUGAUUAUUCAUAUAAGCUCUUAAAAACAUAAAGAUUUCUAUUAAAGCUUAUGUCAAUUUUACUUCAGUUUUUUUUUAUUUCUAUAUGCAAUUCAAAUGUCACAACAUACAUACUUACA